UGAAAACUUAAUUCAGACAGAAACUCCCCUUGCAGAAGCUUUUCCUCUACUUGGUGGCCUGCUCAGGGGACAUGGUUUCCUCUUCUGGAAGAUGACACUGUCCCUGCCCCGCCUGCCUUGGGAUGAACUGGGCCUUGUGCACUCAGCAAGAGAUCAGACACCCCCGGCCUGGGUUUUUUCUCUUCAAGUGAGCCUAGCUGCAUCUCUCAGCGCAAAAUUUGUUUUUGGGGCUGGGGAUUUAGCUCAGUGGUUUCGCCGCCUGCUGCGCAAGUGCAAAGACCCAAGUUCGAUCCCCAGUACCAAAAAAAAAAAAAAUUUGUGUUUUUAGGACUUAGCUCCUGUCCACAUUUUAUUGUGCUGUUCUGUUUUGAGACAAUCUCACUAUGUAGCCCAGGCUAGCCUCAAAUUCAUGGCAAUCCUGCCUCAGCCUCCUAGAGUGCUGGGAUUGCAGAUGUGGAUUCCCAUGGCGCCUGACAAGGUCUUCGUCAUAUAAGCCAAUUGUAGGGAGCCCUGAUAGCUAGAUUCCUGUGACACCUGUACGUUGCGCCGUGUUCCCUAUAAAGCCAGCCCUCCCUCCAGGCCCAGAGGCCAGGAGAGCCCCAGAGGGAAGAUGUUUCCCCCAUCCUGCCUGGUCCUGCUUGGUCCCCGGCCACCUGAGCUUCCCUCGCCCUCCACCAGAGGCCACCACUGGUGAGACUGGGGCCUGGGCCCCCUCCCUACCAAGCCUUGGCAGCGCCCCAGCUUUGCACUUGGGAUUUAUUUUUGGUGCGUCAGCCUCCGUCAUCAAAUAGCAAAGCCAAAAGCAGAGCCACAGGAUCCUCUUACUGCAACGCCAGUGUCCGCUUGGGACACAGCCUCGGCCUCGCUGUGCCUGCUCCCCCAGGAGCCCCAGGACCUUUGGGAUUCUUGUCACGGUCAACAGAGGCCCUGCAAGGACCUAACGGAGCCCAGCAUGACCCGAGACGAGGCCCUGCCAGAUUCUCACUCCGCCCGGGGGUUCUAUGAGAACUAUGACCCCAAGGAGAUCCUGGGCAGGGGUGUCAGCAGCGUGGUCAGGCGAUGCAUCCACAAGCCCACCUGCAAGGAGUAUGCCGUGAAGAUCAUCGACGUCACCGGCGGGGGCGGCUUCAGCCCCAAGGAGGUGCAGGAGCUGCGGGAGGCCACGCUGAAGGAGGUGGACAUCCUGCGCAAGGUCUCGGGACACCCCAAUGUCAUCCAGCUGAAGGACACUUAUGAGACCAACACUUUCUUCUUCCUGGUGUUUGACCUGAUGAAAAGGGGCGAGCUCUUUGACUAUCUUACUGAGAAGGUCACUUUGAGCGAGAAGGAAACCAGGAAAAUUAUGAGGGCCCUGCUGGAGGUGAUCAGUGCCCUGCACAAGCUCAACAUUGUGCACCGGGACCUGAAGCCUGAGAACAUCCUCCUGGAUGACAACAUGAACAUCAAGCUCACCGACUUUGGCUUCUCCUGCCAGCUGCAGCCCGGAGAGAAGCUUCGAGAGGUCUGUGGGACCCCCAGCUACCUGGCCCCAGAAAUCAUCCAGUGCUCCAUGAACGACGACCACCCGGGCUACGGGAAGGAGGUGGACAUGUGGAGCACGGGGGUGAUCAUGUACACCCUGCUGGCCGGCUCCCCGCCCUUCUGGCACCGGAAGCAGAUGCUCAUGCUGAGGAUGAUCAUGAGCGGCAACUACCAGUUCGGCUCCCCAGAGUGGGACGAUUACUCCGACACCGUGAAGGACCUGGUGAGGCCGGGCGGCGCGGGCCCACGCCACGUCUCCCAAAGCGCCAGCGGCCGCGGCCCUGCGACCUCAGCGCCCCUCCGCCCCCAGGUCUCCCGCUUCUUGGUGGUGCGCCCCGAGAGCCGCUGCACAGCAGAGGAGGCCCUGGCGCAUCCCUUCUUCCAGCAGUACGUGGUGGAGGAGGUGCGGCACUUCAGCCCCCGCGGGAAGUUCAAGGUCAUCGCGGUGACCGUGCUGGCCUCCGUCCGGAUCUACUACCAGUACCGCCGCGCCAAGCCGGUGACCAGGGAGAUCGUCAUCCGCGACCCCUACGCCCUGCGGCCCCUGCGCCGCCUCAUCGACGCCUAUGCCUUCCGCAUCUAUGGGCACUGGGUGAAGAAGGGGCAGCAGCAGAACCGCGCCGCGCUGUUCGAGAACACGCCCAAGGCUGUGCUGCUGUCGCUGGCUGAGGAGGAGGACUUCUGAGGGGAGGGGAGGCUCGCAGGGACAGAGGGAGGGGACUGGCGUGGGGCCAUGGCCCGGAAGGCUCGGCA